GUGACAUCACACCCAUCAUGGAGGAGACAGAUGUGAGGUAGAGAAGAGAACAUGUAUAUUGUACAGUCACUAUGGAGACCGGCUGACUGGGCGGGAGUGAUCCCUGGAGGUUCUGGACUCUCACAGAUAAAGGUGAUGGAGGAGGAGAGAGACAUCAUGGCUGCCAGGAUACUAGACCUCACCCUAGAGAUCAUCCACCUGAUCACCGGAGAGGAUUACACAGUAGUGAAGAAGUCGUCUGAGUGUGUGACCCCCCGUGUGUCAGGAGGAUCGGGCACCACCAAGAGCCCCACCCCCGAGGAUCCUCAACCUCAUUCGCUGAUACAUGAGCAGAAGAUCCUAGAACUGACAACCAGGAUCACUGAGCUGCUGACUGGAGAGGUUCCUAUAAGGUGUCAGGACGUCACUGUCUAUUUCUCCAUGGAGGAGUGGGAGUAUGUAGAAGGACACAAGGAUCGGUACCAGGACAUCAUGAUGGGGGAUCACCGGCCCCUCCCAUCACCAGACGGGUCCGGUCAGAGGAAUCCACCAGAGAGAUGUCCCCGUCCUCUAUAUCCCCAGGAUUGUCCAGAGGAGACGCAGAAUGUCCCCCCGGAUCAUCAGAAAAGUGAUUGUAGGACGACGAGUGAACAUGAAAACCCCAUAUCGGAGUCAGUGAAUGGUGUCCGUCUCCUUUUAUCUCCCUCUAGUAGAGUAGAAGACUAUCAAUCAUGGAUUGACAGAAUUAGAACUAAACCAGUUAAAACGUUUGCAUGUUCUGAAUGUGGGAAACAUUUUAAAAAGAAAUGUAUACUUUCCUUACACGAGAGAAUUCACAACGGUGACAGGCCGUUUUCAUGUUCAAAAUGUGGGAAAUGUUUCAGCAGGAAAUCUGUUCUCGAUAGACAUCAAAUAAUUCACACAUCGGAAAAGCCAUUUCCAUGCCCGGACUGUGGGAUGUGGUUUAAACAUAAGGAUUAUCUUGAGAGACAUCAAAGAAGUCACAGGGGGGAGAAGCCAUUUUCAUGCUCAGAAUGUGGAAGAUGUUUUACUCGUAAAUCUAGUCUUGUGUAUCAUCGGAAAAGUCACACAGGGGAGAAGCCGUUUUCGUGUUCAGAAUGUGGAAAAUGUUUUACCCAAAAAUCAAGUCUUGUGGAUCAUGUAAAAAGUCACACGGGGGAGAAGGUAUUUUCAUGUCCUGAAUGUGGGAAAUCUUUUACUCAGAAGUCACAUGUUACGGAACAUCUAAGAACUCACACAGAGGGGAUGUCGUUUUUAUGUACAGAAUGUGGAAAAUGUUUUAAGUCUAAAAGUCAUCUUCAGAGACAUCAGAGAAUUCACACAGGGGUAAGGCCAUUUCCAUGUGACGUGUGUGGGAAAUGUUUUACACGUAAAGAUUCUCUUGAGAAGCAUCAAAGAGCUCACACAGGGGAGAAGCCAUUUUCAUGCGUGGAAUGUGGAAAAAGUUUUAUCCAUAAAUAUUCUCUCGAGAGCCAUCAGGUAAUACACACGGGAGAGAAGCCCUUUCCAUGUCCUGAAUGUGGGAGACGUUUUAACCAUAAACAGGUUCUUGCCGUACAUCUGAAAACUCACACAGGGGAGAAGCCGUUUUCAUGUCCCGAUUGCGGGAAAUGCUUUACCCAUAAAACAAGUCUUGUGUAUCACCUGGGAAUUCACACAGGGGAGGAGCGGUUCUCAUGUACUGAAUGUGGGAAAUGUUUUAGAAACAAAUCGAGUUUUGAGGAUCAUCUAAGAAGUCACACAAGAUAGAAGCUUCAGAAAGGAGGAAAUGCUUUUUAUUUUUUUACUUAAAUGUCAUUUUGAGACGUCUUGGAGGAUUAGUUCUGGGGAGGUGACUUUUUCAUGCUCAGGAUAUUAAAUAAGUUUUAGCCAUAAAAAGUCCCUCAGGGAGGAAGCCAUUUUCAUGAUGUGAAUGUGAGAAAUGUUUUACUUGUCCAUGGUUUUUGUCUGUUAUUGCAGCUGAGCCCCACUAAUUUACAGACAGGUGGGGGCGCUGUUUAUAGAAAAAAAGCCAUUAUUUAUUUAUUAAUAAAUUUAUAUUUUUAAUCUUUUCAACCCGUUUACUGGUUUAUGCCACCGAAACCGAUGCAGGGUCCCGGAACGCUGUACUUUUCUUAACUUUUUUUUUUUACUUAAAGGGGUACUCCGCUGCUUAGCGUUUGGAACAAAAUGUUCCCUACGCA